AUGACCGAGGCGUACAGACGAGAUCCGGUCGGCUGCGCCGAGGCCAGACGUUCGGCUCUACUAAAAAACCAACUGCUCCUUCGACACGGUCGGCCGCUCCAGCAACACUUCAUGCCGGAGUGCUCACCAGACGGCGCCUACCAGCAGAAACAGUGUCACUCUGUGGCCAACCAACCGCGUAAGUGCUCGGCCUCCGUCUGGUCUCAGACUUCGUUUUUUUCUGCUCCAAUGAAGCGAGUCCAAAUCCCAUUCAAGCAUGUCAACCAGUUGGCCAGUGUCUUCUGGGCCUUCAAGAGGCGUGACGUAAACGUCCCAUUCUCGCAUGGCAACCGACUCACAACUACCACAUGCAUACAGCCCACACGCACACUAUUGACAGCAAUGAAACUGAAUAAAAGACCAUAUUUUCCUUGA